AUGUCUCCGCCUGCAGACGUCGACGUUGACACCGUUAUAGUCGGAAAUGGUCCCUCGUCCAUGAUCCUCUCAUACAUCCUCCACGGCCACAUCCCAUACUAUACCUCCGACUCCAACACCCCGCAUCCAGACUCCCUCCUCCACGCCAAACUAAAAGACUCCCCCUGCCUCCUCCGCCCCGACCUCGACGCUCUAACCUGCCAUUUUGGAGCCUCACUCCUCUCCUAUUCCACGCAGGCGCUCCCAAUAAACGUAUUACUAGACACGCUCCUCCGUCCUCAGGGCGAAGUCGACGAUCUCGGCGAAACCACAAACCUGAAAUGGAUACACAUACCGCAUCGCGCCGUGUCGCAUAUCGUCGUUGGCAAUGCGCCCAAUCCGGGGGGUCUAUGGGCUAUGCAUACCGAUGAUCCGGUGAAUAUUAGUUGGGAUAUUGGAACGCUGAGUUAUGCGGGCAUGCUGUCCUUGCCCGGGUACACGUUUGCGGAUCAUUAUCGCAAGACGACCAAGGGGAAAGAAUUGGCGCCUUUUACGAGGCCGAGUCGGAGGGAAUUGGCUGAAUAUUUGCGCGCGUAUCCUGUCCAGGCUGGGAUUGCGGAUUCGUUUAGGGAUAAUACUGAGCUGGAUGGUAUUCAGCGUAUAGACGGUGGGUUUUACAUCCCCUCACAUCGCAUUCGGUGCAAACAUCUCGUUUUAGCUAGUGGGAUAUUCUCGCAUUUGAUUCAACCGCCGCCUUUGCUAGCUCCUUUAUUGGAACUUCCGAGGAAUGGUCCAUCUGGCUUUCCGUUGCUGGUGGUAGGUUCAGGGUUUACUGCUGCAGAUGCGAUCAUAUCUGCUCCAUCCGGUCAGCAUAUACUACAUACAUUCCUCUGGAAUCCCAACGACAGACCUUCGCCAUUAAAAAGCUGUCAUCAACAAGCAUACCCUGAAUACGCAGGGAUAUAUCGUCUCAUGAAACGAGCCGCCCUCUCAUCAUCGUCUCGUGCCGGUGGCCACAGACCAAACCCGCGUCGACUUGCAUCGACGUCAUUUCUCGAAAGUCGGAACUGGGACCAUAUCUACGAAGGUCUCCCAAACUGCAGUAUUGAGAAUGUCCAACUCAAAGAAGACCAUGCAAUCAUCACCCUUGUCCUCGAAGACGGGACGAAACUCUCUCGUCCAGUAUGCGGAUUGGUUUAUGGCGUUGGUCGACGCGGCUCACUUAACUAUUUAUCAUCUUCCCUCCGUGCCGAGGUUCUGCAUAAUGCAAAUCCCUCAACAGAUGGAGUGAUAUCCGCCAAAACACUCCGCGACAAAGUCAUUGAAGACCUCGAAGUUGCCCCCGACGUAUUCGUCAUUGGUAGUUUGACGGGUGACUCGCUCAUCAGAUUCGCUUACGGCGGAUGCGUAUACGCUGCGUAUUCUUUGAUUUCGGCUUCAGGUGUUUGUAGCGGGUUGUGUACGCCCAAACAACCCGCUGGAACGCCUACGGGCGGUCGUCAUGCGCUUUUGAAUGGCGUUGAUGGGCAUUCCAUGCAACAAGUAACAGGGAGUUGUCGGGAUGAGUGUCAAGAGUCAAGUCAACCACGGAAAAGAUCGUGGUGGAGUACUAUUUGGAGUUUAUUGUUUUGA